GUGUGUACGUGUAUGUGUGUGGGUUUAUUUGUGUAUUUACGUGUGGGUGUUUGUCUUUCAGGAUCCCGCAGGAAUUGCACAGUCACAGGAUGACGUGAGCCUAGAUGAUGCAACCCUCUUGAGCACACAACUUUAACCGUCCUCUACACACGCAUCAACCUCUCACCUUUCACCUCUGCGCCCUAGACCUCCCCCAUCAAACAUUGAGCAAUGAUGUAUAGCAACACCACCAGCUCCUACCCUUACUCCUCCUCCCCAUCCUCCUGGUCCCCCACCAACGACACCUCCUCACCAUCGCCACUCUGCUACUCCAUCAACAGCCCGCCCUUCAAGUACGUGCCCUCCAUCGCCUCGGCCUACUUCUCGGCAAUCUUCAGCGGCCUGGGCCUGACCUCCAACCUGGUGGCCAUGGUGGUGCUGAUGCGCACCUUCCGCCGCACGCACUCGCGCUCCCGCUCCUCCUUCCUCACCUUCCUGGGCGGCCUGGUCUUCACGGACUUCAUGGGCCUGCUGGUGACCGGCUCCAUCGUGGUGUCCUACCACGUCACGCACUUCGACUGGCGGCGGCUGGACCCGCGCUGCCACUUCUGCAACUUCAUGGGCAUGUCGAUGGUCUUCUACGGCCUGUGCCCGCUGCUGCUGGGCGCCGCCAUGGCCGUGGAGCGCUUCAUGGGCAUCACCAAGCCCUUCUCGCGCUCGGGCAACAUGACGCGGGGCCGCGCCGUCGCCAUGGUGGCCCUGGUGUGGCUGUUUGCCGGCUGCGUGGCGCUGCUGCCUGUGUUGGGCGUCGGGUCGUACCACCUCCAGAUCCCCGGCUCGUGGUGCUUCCUGAACAUCAGCGCGGCGCCGCGCGACCUGCCCUUCUGCCUCAUCUUCUCGCUGGUCGGCCUGCUGUCGCUGCUAGCCUCCUUCCUGCUCAACACGGUCACCGUGGUGACGCUGGUGCGCGUGUGCUGCGGGCAGGAGGCGGUGCAGCGGCGCCGCGACUACGAGGUGGAGAUGAUGGUGCAGCUCAUCUUCAUCAUGAUCAUCGCCUCCGUCUGCUGGUGCCCCCUACUGGUGUUUAUUGCAGAGACUGUGCUGCGGGGGGAGUCGGCUGACGUCCGCAAGCUGCUGCUUUGGCUUCGCUUUGCCACCUGGAACCAGAUCCUGGACCCCUGGGUCUAUAUCCUGUUCCGCCGCUCCGUGCUGAAGCGCAUCUACCCGCGCAUGGACUGGUCCCGCGGCUCCAUCCUCACGCUCUACACUUCCGUGCGGAAGCUGACCCGCGGCUCCCUGGCCGGGGUGCUCUCCCAGGUGGACGAAGAGGCCCUCCCCAAGAGGAGCAGCGAAAGGCCCCCCAAGGGGAGGGCCGCUGAGCGGGUCGUCAGGAGAAGCGGCGAAGGGGUCAUCAGGGAGAGCGGUGAAGGGGCCCUCCCCAAGGGGCGCAGCGAAAGACCCCCCAAGGGGAGGGCCACGGGGGCCGCCGAGGGGAGUGGUGAAGGGGUCGUCAGGGAAAGCGGCGAAGGGAACGUCAAAGGGAGCGUUGAGGGAGCUGCCAAGGGGACAAGUGAUCCAUCGCCACUGGCAUCAACGUUACCGUCGCAGGUUCCAGCUGAGGAGUCCUGAUACCACACACAGACAUGUACAUACAUGCACACACACAACACACAUACAGUACACACACAGACACACACACACAGACACACAGACACACACACACACUGCCCUUUUCCUCAUCUUCCUUUUGUCGAUCGCACAGAAAAAACUGUCUGGCUAGAGGGCUGUGCAUCAGAGGACUGUGUACCAGAGGACUGUGCAGGAGAAAUGUGUGUAUGAGAGCACCAUGGACAAGAUGUGUGUGGAAGGACGACAGACGGUUGAAAACCUUCUGUCACUUUCAGUUUUUUUUUUAAUCAUCCCUGUUCUCUUAAAAAAAAUGUACAUUUUGAGUAAGGGUUCAUCAUUUAAUUUGUUUGGGUUCAUUCCCCCCCUCUUCCUCUUCAGGCUCCAGGCUAGCGCUGGGGACUGUGUGUCCCCGGCCGCUGCCUGCUGGUGUUUAUGGGAGCGUGCAGUAACGUACGCAGCUGUCAGGACGACCAUCUGGAGCCUGUCUAAGUCUGUCCUUCGCCGACUAACAAGCCCCUCGCCUUGCCUCGCCUCGCCUUCCCCUCGCCUUCCCCUCGCCUUCCCCUCGCCUCGCAACACCGCCUGUCUGGUCGCGGCCAUGUGUCAGUGUGUGUGUGUGAUUGUGUGUGUGUGAUUGUG